AGUAGCGGCUGUAUUCAGACCAGUUCUGUGACAAGUCGCACCACGACCAAACGUGUCGUCAAACUAGUCGUGUGUUUAUUUAUUUUUUAGUGUUUAGUGGGCAAAAUGUUUAUGUAUCUAGUUUUAUUUGUCACAAUAUUUCACGUUAAGUUGACAAAUGGUGGUGUUCAUAAUAAAUAUCCAGAUGCUAUAGUGUUCCCUGGACCUACACAAGGGAACUUGGAGACGAGGUACGGGACGGAAGAUGAGAUCCCUAUUGAGUGCAAAGGACAGAGCUAUUGCUUCACCAAGCCUGCCAACUAUCCUGAGGAGAAAUACAAUAAGAUGUUUGCUCAUAUGAAACAUGUUCAGCAACCCUCUGUGCUCAUAUCGGACAUCGACGACCGCAAUUCAGACCCCAACGAAAAAGAUGGUUGCAGUUCUAUUAUUUCGUACGAGCCACUAUACCAGGUGCAAGUGAACGGUAAAUGGAGGAAGGUGAUCCAAGCGCCGGGCUCCAACUACCUACAGCAAGUGCGGUUGGAGAAAUGCAAUCCAAAAGUCUCCCGCUGCUUUGAGGAUCAUCCGCCAAUGAUGGGCAUCACCACAGCCUGUCGACAGAAGAACGUGGCUUGGGAAUUCCUUGUGGACGACGAGAAAGGUGGCACCGAGCGGGUCACAGCGGAACUGCCUAUAUGUUGCGCGUGCAUGUACAAAACUGAAUAGUUGUAAAGAAAAUAAAGUUAAUACAAACGUU